AUGUCGAGCGAAAAAGCGAGCGCCCUCAAUGGACAGAACCACGUCAACCACAUACACGAGCCUCGCGCGCGCAAACCCGUCAAUCCGCAGCUCCACCGUGCGCUGAACAACGAGCUGAACCUCCACCCAGACCACCGAGCAUCGGCAGCGACGGCAUCAAGAGUCUCCAGCGAACGCGCGACACCUGCGCCGCCUGAUGACGCUCCGCCUUCAGUGAAGGCGACUUCUGCGGCAAGGAAACAUAUCCGUCAACGGACAAAACAGAGGAUCUUUCCCACCGUCGAGUAUCAUGACCGAGUCUCGUACUUUGACCCAAGGUCAAGCUAUGGGAACUUCAGAGGGUUCUUCGUCCUGUUCUGGAUCGGACUGGCGAUCAUGGUCAUUACGUCCAUGCUGCGAAACUUGCGAGAGACGGGCAACCUGCUCAACUCUCGGCAAUGGCCCUUGUUUACGAAAGACUUGGACGAAUUGGCAAUUAGCGACCUCCUCAUGUGCGCCAGCACAGCUCUCGACCUCCCGCUUCAUCUUAUCUACAGAAAUAGCAAAGGGUUUCUCAGGUGGAACAAGGGCGGUAUGAUUCUGCAGAGCUUGUACCAGGCGGCAUGGCUCUGGCUUUGGAUCAGUUGGCCGUUUCUCAGAGAUUGGACAUGGACAGCUCAGGUCUUUUUUACGUUGCACACGCUGUGCUUGUUCAUGAAAAUGCACUCAUACGCUUUCUACAAUGGCCACUUGUCCAUCUCCCUGGCCCGUCUGAAAGAGUUAGAUCGCCCCAUCGGCCCAAUGACCCCAACAGCGGCCGCCGUUCGUUACCCGCCUGCUCAGUCCCGGCUCGCAACGACCAACCAAGACGAUGAAGAGGAUGAGGGCAACGAGGAGAACGUUCCUCCGGUUGCUCAGCUUCGCAGUGAUCUGGCUGAGGAACUGACCUCACCAAUGGGCAACGUCACUUAUCCCCAGAACCUGACCCUGGCCAACUUUGCGGACUACUUGCUCUGUCCGACGUUGUGUUACGAGCUGGAGUACCCACGAAAUCCGACGAGGUCCUAUCUGGAGCUCUUCUAUAAGACACUGGCUGUUUUCGGGUGUAUCUUCCUCAUGACUGUGACGAGCGAAGAGUUCAUCAUUCCCGUCCUUGAUGAGUCUCAGCAUCGACUCGUCAAAUCACGCACUUGGAUUGACAGCGCCCUGAUUUUCGCCGAGACCGUCAGCCGCCUUCUAUUUCCCUUCAUGAUCACAUUUUUACUGGUAUUCUUGAGUAUAUUUGAGUAUACUCUAGGUGCCUUCGCAGAGAUAACUCGCUUUGCCGACCGGCAGUUUUACGUCGACUGGUGGAAUAGCUUAGACUGGAUGGAGUUCAGUCGUGAAUGGAACAUACCGGUACACAACUUCUUCAGGCGCCAUGUCUACAGUGCCAGUCGCAGUGCCAAGAUGUCGAGGACUGCAGCAACGGCCUUGACCUUCCUAAUCUCUGCUCUGGCGCACGAACUGAUCAUGGGAUGCAUCACGAGAAAGUUCCGCGGCUACGGGUUUAUCUUGAUGAUGUUCCAAAUGCCAUUUGUAGUGGUUCAACGGAUGCCCUGGGUCCGAGAUCAGCAACUCCUCAACAACAUCAUCUUCUGGAUCUGUAUGAUCUUCGGGUUGAGCUUGGUGAGUUGUCAAGCCCUUUGAAUCAUGGUGAUUCGACUGACGUUUGGCAGCUGUGCGCACUAUACGUCCUCGUUUAG